AUGCGUCUGCAAGCACUUACCGCUUUAGCCACGUUGGCUGCCACAACAACCUGUCAGACCCUUUGGUCUCGGGAUGUGGAUUACAAGGCGCUUAGCAAGGAGCUUUCGGCCUCUGCAAAGGUGUACUUUCCUGGAUCUGAGGAAUUUGAUGCUGCUUCAAAACGUUGGUCCAAUCUUGAUACACCAACCGUCAACAUUGUCGCUGUUCCUGCCACUGAGAACGAUGUUGUCGAGAUUGUCAAAUUUGCAAACAAAAAGAACUUACCCUUUCUGGCAUACAACAGUGCUCAUGGAGCGAUUACCACUCUGGGACAGAUGAAGCAAGGUAUAGAGAUUUAUCUCAACCAGCUUUCUGGUGUCAAGAUCGCCGAGGACGGAAAGAGUGUCACCAUUCUUGGUGGAACCAAAUCCAAGCUAGUGACCCAUACACUUUGGGAAGCUGGCAAGCAGACAGUUACUGGUUGCUGUGAAUGUGUUAGCUAUGUCGGUCCAGCCCUCGGUGGAGGCCAUGGAUGGCUUCAGGGUCGUCACGGUCUCAUUGCCGAUCAGUUCGAGUCAAUGAACAUUGUUCUCUCCAACGGUACUCUUGCUACUGUGGACUCAAACUCCGAGCUGUGGUGGGCCCUCAAGGGAGCUGGCCACAACUUCGGCAUCGUCACCUCGAUCACUUCCAAAGCUGUCGAUGUCGAGUACAAGAACUGGGCCUUCGCGAGUUUGACAUUUAAGGGCGACCAGGUUGAGGAGCUAUACAAGAUCACCAAUGAACAUGUCCUCAAGAAUGGUACUCAACCUACCGAUGUCAUCAACUGGUCUUAUUGGUUCAACAUCCCUAAUUUGGAUCCCACUGGUCCAAUCGUUCAGAUUCUUCUGAUGCAAGAGGGCGUCAAGUCAGUAGACAAGAAGUACACUGAACCCUUCCAAAAGUUGAAACCCCUUGCGGUUGACGCAAAGAAGGGUCAGUAUACAGAUCUUGCCAAAUGGGUUGGGAUCACUACCGAGGACGGCCCCUGUCAAAAGAAUGGAGCCAUGAACCCUAGGUUCCCCAUUUACCUCGAGUCAUUCAACCCAGCCGCACAAAAGAAGGCCUUUGACUUCUUUGCCGAUCACAUUCGGGGUGACUCUGUCUUCAAUAACUCCUUGGUCACAUUUGACGGUUACUCUACCCAAGGCGUCAAGUCAAUCGACUCCAAGAGUACCGCUUUUGCAUACCGAGACCAGAAUAUUCUUGUGGGUCCUCAGGAGUGGUACGGAAGCGAGAGCUGGAGACAGAGCCGAUUGCAGGAAUUGAAGAAGGCGUAUGAUCCUCAGGGAUUGUUUAGCUUUUAUGCCCCAAUUGCCUAG